CUUCUUUUCUACACCUCACAAUUUUUUUAUUAAGACCAUUCGUCAAAAACAUUUAUUUCCUUUUUCUUUUAAUAAUCUUCACGAUGAGUAGUCUUAAAAGCAGAGUUACCUCAAUAUCAUCUCACAAUCUUCACCAUUCCGAAGAGAGAGUCCCUCUCCGAUCAGAAUCAGACCAGUCAUGUCUCAAUUCAAGCCCCGAGUUCGAUUUUUGUCUACGACAGAAUUCAAAACAACGGGUUUCUCACGCAGACGAGCUCUUCUCAGACUGGAAAAGCCUCUCUCACUUGGCCACCGACACGAUUUCUAAGAAGACCGAUGUUACUUCUCCGAGAAGCAAUCUCCCAACCCUAGCCGUGAAAUCCGACACAAGAGGUUCUGACUCAGAAGGUGAUGAUCCAAGUUUUGGGUGUGGGUUUUGGCUUGUCCGAAGCAAAUCUGUUGGGUACUCAAUGAGAAACAAGAAAACUAAUUCUUCUUCGGAGUAUCAACGGAGCAAUAGUGAACCGCAAAAGAAGAAGAAGAUGAAGAAUUUGAAGAAGAUGAAUUCUACAGAGUUUAGAGCUCCAAGAUCCAUGAAUAGUCCGGCGUUGAAUGUCCCAUUGGCUGAUAUAUUUUGCUUAGGCCCUGUUUUUUCCGGUAGCCGUGAUCGGAGAAAGUGAAGCGUUCUCUUAUCUUUUAAACACGAUCCUAUAUAAACUAAUUUCUGGAACAUGUGAAGAGUUAGGUAUAUGAUUGGUUUAAGCUUAUGAUUUUGGAGCAAGACGAAGUAAGAAUCUCAAUGCGGAUCGUCAUACUCAUAUUAUAUAACUAAGAGUCUAAUUCGGGUUACUUUUUUUGUUUUUUUAAUGUUAUUAAUUUGUGUUUACAUUCGUUUAUGAGAAUAAAUAAUAUAGAGGUUGACGUAACAGUAUAUACUGGUUGUAAUUUAGAAAUAUAAUGUUCACAGUUCAUAGGAAGAAAAAAUAUACUGUACUUGUUUUGUGAAAUACUUAUAAACUAUACCGACAAGUGAUAAAGUAGUAGAGAUACUACUAGUCAAACGGUACA